UGUUUGCACCUUCCUCCAUCUAAUCCAUCCUGAUAAAGACAGUAAGACACCCUUUUCAUUUCCGAACUUAAUUUUAUACACACCCUCUCUCCCUACUCCCAACACUAAAACCCACAACAAUUCAUCUCCACCCAUCAAAUUACAAAAAAUACUAUGAACGAAAUAGAGCACAGAAAAAUUGUGGUAAUUGUAGAAGAAUCAGAAACAGCAAGAACAGCUUUAAAAUGGGCACUUCAAAACUUGGUUCGGUACGGCGACGUUUUAACCCUUCUUCAUCUUUGUCCUUAUUACCCUCCAAGGUCUUCGCGUAACAAGAAGAAAAUUAGACUUCUUAGAUUAAAGGGUUAUCAAUUAGCUCUCUCUUUCAAAGACAUUUGUACUUCUUCCUCUUUCAAUACAAAAAUAGAGAUAGUGGUGACAGAUGAUGAUGCAGAAGGGGAGAAAAUCGUGGGACUGGUUAGAGAAAUGGGAGCUUUUGCCUUAGUUCUUGGCCUUCAUGAUCGUAGCUUUUUCUACAGAUUGGCAAUGAGACAUGAUAAUAUUACAAAAACAUUAAACUGCAAAGUUCUAACUAUCAAGCAAUCGGCUAGACGAACAAUCCCUUUGUCAGGUUCAGGUUCAGGUUCGAGUUCAAAUUCAGGGCAACUGAUGAAAUACAACUCUUCCUUUACACAACUCGAAGCUUCACUCAAUUUAGAAUUUACUCAAAUUGAAGUUGCUCCGUUGCAACUCCCUGAUAUAACUCCACAGAAAAUACCAUACCAAAUAUGUCCAAGCCCUUCAGCAAUUAUAUGGAGAUCUAAGAAGACUAGGAGGAGACACAAGUGACAAGACCAACUCUAUUUCCUACUUUAUUCAUAUACUCUUUUUCUUUAUUUUAAAGUUUUGGGUUUCUUUACUACUCCAUUAUAGUCUUUUUCUUGCUCAUUAUUAUCUUUUUUUUUCUCUAAUAUGAAUGAUACAACUGGUUUUAGUUAGUUUUCGAUUUGUUAGUUGGUGCAAAAACUCGUGAAAAAAAAGCGAUGGAGAAGUUAAAUCAUGCAAAUGGGUGGUUUUUUUGAAAGUGUUGUUAUUUUAUGUUUGUUGCUUGUUGUAUGACACUUUUUGUGCAAGGGUGAAGUUGGGUAUGUAUAAGGCAACCAAUCGUAUAUAAUCCUUUAGAUUUAAA